AUGGGCACUCGACACCUGAUUCUAGUCUGGUACAAAGGCAAAUGGGCCAUAGCUCAAUACGGACAAUAUGAUGGCUAUCCAACAUGUCAAGGACGGGACAUCAUCGACUUCAUCACCAACAAUGAUUUUGGACCGCGCAGGGGUGAUCCGAACAGCGACCAGGCUGAGGUAACCAAAGCUAGCGCCAGCGAAACUCCACCAAAGGACAACAUAGCUGCCCUGAGGCUAGCACUGGACAACAACAUGGUCAAGUGCCCAGAUGACGAGCAGUCGGAUGCUGCAGAGCCAUCAUUCUCCAGAACUAUUAGUUCAGGGGUCCUGAGUUCGAUUGCAUACGCCAAGAACCAGGUUUCGAUUGUCAGAGAAGUCGAGUUCGUCACGGACUACCUGUUUUGUGAGCGGGCAUAUGUCAUCGAUCUGGAUAAGAAUGUCUUCGAGAUCUAUUCGGACAAAGAAAGCAAAGACGACAAGCCGGGAAGGUUCGAUGACUCGAAAGAUGUAAAAUCGACGCCUUACCGCCCAGCAAUGCUCGCAAGCCGAACAUUCGAGGAGCUUGCAAGGAUGAAAGCGGACCGGAAAGAUAAGCUCUUCUGCAGCAAGAUCGAGGCAAUGAGAUGCGGUGACGAAGAGGAGGUUGAGGUUGAGGAGGAAGAAGGUGUUGCCAGCAAUGGAAGUAUAGAUUGA